AUGUGGAAUCAACUGCACGAAACCUCUCCGACCGUCACAGGAGCUCCCUCCAGUCAAAAGUCAUUCUGGACCGAGCAUCCUCGGCCGUCCCUUUUACAUCGUUCACUCCACGAAAGGCCGCUAUUGGCAACGGGUAGCUCGGGCCUCAAAAUAACCUUGGAAGAUGGGUCACAGGUUUUGGACGCAUGUGGCGGGGCUGCGGUCGCAAGCAUUGGCCAUGGCUGUCAAGAGGUCCUUGCAGCUAUCGCAGAACAAGCUCAGUCAAUCUCAUACGUACACACCGCAACAUACACCACUGCCUCAGCAGAAAAACUGGCAGAUAUCCUGGUAGGCAACAGGCCUGGGGGUAUCAGCAAAGCGUUCUUUGUUGGCAGCGGCAGUGAGGCUGUGGACGGUGCGAUGAAAUUGGCGCGACAGUAUUUCUACGAGAAGGGGGACCUUGGGCGCAAACACUUUAUAGCUCGAAAGCAGGCGUAUCACGGAAACACUUUCGGGAGCAUGUCACUGUCGAGCAACCUAUCUCGACUGAAACCAUAUCAAGGGAUUCUACUUCCAAAUGUCAGUCAUGUUAGUCCCUGCUACAGGUAUCAGUACCAAUCGCAAGACGAAACGACUGAGGACUACAUUGCCCGUUUGGCUACAGAACUAGAUUCUGAAUUUCAGAGAGUCGGGGCCAAUACCGUCAUUGCUUUUAUUGCUGAGACAGUGGUAGGUGCGACCUGUGGCUGUGUUACGCCUGAACCUGGAUACCUAGCCGCAAUGCAAGCGGUUUGCAGAAAGCACGGUGCAUUGUUUAUACUGGACGAGAUUAUGUGUGGAAUGGGGCGCACCGGAACGAUGUUUGCUUGGGAGCAAGAGCGCGAUGGGGAUGGGAAACCUGUUGUCCCUGAUAUAAUGACUAUUGGCAAGGGCCUCGGCGGCGGAUAUGGCCCGAUUUCUGGGAUCCUGGUCCAUCAGAAAGUGGUUGACGUUCUCGAUUGUGGAUCUGGGUCCUUUAAUCACGGCCACACAUUUCAGGCGCAUCCCGUCAGUUGCGCUGCUGCCCUUGCGGUCCAGAGGAUUAUUCGUCGCCACGACCUUCUCGGAAAUUGUGUUAAAAUGGGACUAAUUCUUGAACGCUGUCUGCGUGAACGACUUGGAGACAAAGAGCAUGUUGGUGAUAUCCGCGGCCGCGGUCUUUUCUAUGCUGUCGAGUUUGUGCAAGACCGGGGAGAAAAAAGACCAUGGGAGCCAAAGCAGCAGUUCGGGUUGCUGGUGCAAAAGGAAGCUCUCAAACUUGGUGUGGCUGUCUAUCCAGGCACAGGGACAGUAGAUGGAAUUCGCGGCGAUCACAUUCUCAUCGCACCUCCAUUGACGGUGAAAGAGAACGAGAUCCGGCACAUUGUUGAAGUCGUGGCAGAAGCAUAUAAGAUCGCUGUUGAGCUCCUAACGAGGGCAAUUCCCCAAUGA